UCAAUAUUCCUCAAACGUCGGUACUAUCGAGCUGUACACUUUGCGGCCCUUCUCUUCUUGGCUAGGAGAAUUUUCCUGGUCUUGAUUUGACACCAUUCCAAGGGAUGAAGUCGUUUGGAUCGUCCCGUCGGUCUUUAAGCGGCGACCGAACUGCCGGCACUUAAUCGGUAGAGACAAAUUGGGGAGCACAGACAGGCAGAUCCUUGUGUCAAGGUUUUUUCGGCAGUAUUAUUUUGUUGUCAAUGUGGCUUUGCGGAUAUCACAAUCAAGUGAUUGACGUGAUAUCGUGGAUCAUGAUUCUUAUCUCAUGCAGGAACCACAAAUUUGAUGGACAAACAUAGUUACUUUUUCAACGGUCGGGUUUUCAGGGUUUUGUUAUGUGGGCAGGAUGAUUUAGCUGGGUGGAAGAACCACAGCAGUGAGACAAAAUUAAGGCCUAUCUCUGCCGGUAUGUCCACUUUGAUACUCUAAUUCGGAUUAUACCUUCACAGAGAGCUCUAGAUAAGCUCUUGACUAUGUAAUCGAUCUGAGAGGAAUCAUUAUAUAAGUUCAGGUAGGAUCUCAUGCAAUCUAUCCUACUCAUCACCACUACAUUCUUUCCUCUUUCAAUCCUUUGCUUUUCUACUGCCUUCAUCAAUGAUGAAUCGUUUACUUCCUGCUGUUGCUUUAGCAUCCUUGGCUGUUGCCAGUCCCGAGCUUAGUCUAACUUAUGAUUAUGUUAUCGUAGGUGGUGGAACAAGUGGGCUAGUCAUUGCAAACCGAUUAUCCGAGUUGAAUGUCACUGUCGCCGUGAUUGAAGCAGGUGAUUCGGGCUAUAACAAUGUCAAUAUAACCAACCCGGCCGGUUAUGGAUUGGCUUUCGGCACCAACAUCGACUGGGCAUACCAAACAGUCAACCAAAAGUAUGCAGGGAACGCUACACAGACUUUACGCGCCGGGAAAGUCAUAGGGGGUACUAGCACGAUCAAUGGUAUGUUCUGUUUAUCUUAAAAUCUCGCAUUCAAUGUCUAACAUGAUCAGGGAUGGCAUAUACCCGAGCUGAGGAUGUUCAGAUUGAUGCUUGGGAAGCCCUGGGAAAUCAUGGAUGGAAUUGGGAGAAUCUAUUCCCAUACUACAAGAAGUCUCAGAGAAUUGAACCUCCGACUGCUGCUCAAGCUGAAUCCGGUGCUACAUACGAUCGUUGGGCAAAUGGAGUCGAUGGGCAAUUAAAGGUUGGCUGGCUCAACAACUUGGCCAAUGAUGACUUUCACAUAACUCUGAACGAUACCUACGCUUCUCUCGGUGUUUUUGCGAAUGAGGAUGUCAACACUGGUAGAAUGGUUGGUCAUAAUCGCUACCCAGCUACCUACGACAGCACCUUGAAUGUUCGUCAUGAUGCCGGACGAGCAUACUAUUAUCCAAUUGCAAACCGCACCAACCUUCAUCUUUACCCAAAUACCAUGGCUCAACGACUUACUUGGAAAUCUGGUGCUGAUAUCCCCACUGCAAAUGGAGUUAAGGUUCUUUCCAACAACUCAAGCAUCCCAUACACCAUUUCUGCAAAUUCAGAAGUGAUUCUUUCAGCUGGAGCUCUGGCGUCCCCUCUACUUCUUGAACUUUCUGGCAUCGGAAAUCCUUCCAUCUUAAACAAGUACAACAUUUCAGUCGUGGUUGAUCUUCCAACUGUUGGAGAAAAUCUUCAGGAUCAGACGAACAAUGGCCUUGCAUACACGGUUUCAGAGGACGCCUCCUUCUCUGAGGUUGGUACCUUGGUCGCAUAUCCUUCAGCAGCGCAAGUCUUUGGUUCUGAGAUCCAAAAUAUCUCCACUCAUGUUCUUGAUUCUCUUCCUUCAUAUGCCGCACAAGUCUCGGCUGCGUCUGGGAAUAUCACAAAAGCCGCUCAUUUGUUAGAAUUCUUCAAAAUCCAACAUGACCUCAUUUUUUCAAAAACCCAUCCGAUUCCCAUGGCUGAAAUCCUCGUCAGGCCAUCCGCAACAGGUUUCGCAUCAGAGUAUUGGGCUCUAUUACCAUUUGCAAGAGGAAAUAUCCACAUCACUUCUUCGAUACCAGGCACCCCCGCGGCAAUCAAUCCAAAUUAUUACAUGCUUGACUGGGAUAUCACAUCGCAAGUCACCACUGCCAAGUUCAUCCGUUCCGUCUACGCUACCUCACCAUUGUCCAGUCUGGUUGGCUCAGAAACUAACCCAGGCUUGGAGACAGUAUCAGCAAACGCCACCGAGGCGGAAUGGUCUGAAUGGAUUAAAGCUGGCUAUCGUUCCAACUUCCACCCAGUAUCAACCGCUGCUAUGAUGCCAAGAGAGGUUGGCGGAGUAGUAGAUUCAAGAUUGAAGGUCUAUGGGACGUCGAAUGUGAGAGUUGUGGAUGCCAGUAUAUUGCCUAUGCAGGUCUGUGGACAUUUAGUCAGUACUUUGUACGCUGUAGCGGAGAGAGCGGCAGAUUUGAUUAAGGAGGACAUUUAAAUGGUGUCGAUGGAGAGGAAGCGAGAAAAGCGUCCGGAGUUGGGCUCAUUCUAGAAUCACCAUGACUGAGCAUCACAGACACGAUAGUCAUAAUUCUCAAUGUAUAUAGUUGUUCAGUUUUACUAAUUUAGAUUUCGGCUCAUUAAUUUAAUAAUCGCUUCACCAAUGUCGGGUUCAAUGGUAUCUAGUCAAAUAGAAGUACCACUCAUGAAUGUGAAAGAAAAGUUACAGGAUAUGGAUACCGAGUGACAUUUUCAUCAAGGCUACUUACUUCCUUAGCAAGUAAUUCUAACUCAUUAGGUUCUACAUGGAUGUUGGUGCAGCGUGGGUGCAAUCUUUGAGUUCUGCUAUUUUGAAUUAUGUUUUAGAGUCAACAUUUUACACCGAUUCCAUCAGCAAUUGUCAUGCCCUUCUUACUGGGCUGUUUAUU